AGUUAGUCAGUUUCUUUUUCCGUGUGCACCUGCUGCACAGGGUACCACGGCACAGCGCUGCAGGUCAUGGCAUGAGAAAUAAGCAGAGGCGACAACAGAAAAGCGGUAAGCUGCUUCUAUCCUUUUAACAAAGCUUUCCCACCAAGUCGGUGAUUUCUGACUCCAGAAUACAGUUUGGAGGCAAAUGGUGUGAACAAAGAAAGUGACAAACGGCCAAAUCUCUCCUUCACGCCGAGUGAAUUCCCAGGUGACUGGUGCUGGCUGUUAAUUCAUACUCGAGAGUGGGCCAGCAAAGAGCUGAAUAGAAUUAAUCCAAUUGCAAGGACAGGGCUUCCCAACGAAUGAGUCUCAGCCCAGGAGGAGUGGGUUUCGCCCUGCCUUCACGUGUGCCUGGAGGCCGGAAGCCAAGGCUCUCGGAUUCAACCUUUCGAGAUUAUCCAGCUGGACCCGUGAGCAAGGAGUCACUCGAUGAAUGACGAGCCUUCACAUUCGGAAAACAUGAUCCUUCAGCCUUUGCUUCUGACCUGCCUUUUCCUGAUAAUCUCUGAUUCCUGUGAGUUCUUCACUGAAACAAAUUAUUCUAGAAGCUAUCCUUGUGAUGAGAAAAGGGAAAAUGUUUCUGUCAUUGCAGAGUGCAACGAUCGCCGACUGGAAGAAGUUCCCCAAACAGUGGGCAAGUACGUGACAGAACUAGACCUAUCUGAUAAUUUCAUCAUCCACAUAACAAAUGAAUCAUUUCAAGGGCUGCAAAAUCUUACUAAAAUAAAUCUAAACCACAAUGGCAAGGCACGGUCCCAGAAUGAAAAUCCUGACGUAAAUAAAAAUGGCAUGAAUAUUACAGAUGGGGCAUUCCUCAACCUACAAAACCUAAGAGAGUUACUGCUUGAAGACAACCAGUUAGACAAAAUACCCACUGGUUUGCCAGGGUCUUUAAGAGAACUUAGUCUAAUUCAAAACAGAAUAACUUCUGUAACUAAAAAGAAUACUUCUGGACUUAUGAAUUUGGAAUAUCUCUAUUUGGGCUGGAACUGCUAUUUUGGCAACAUUUGCAAUAAAACUUUUGACAUAGAAGACGGAACAUUUGAAAGGCUUACAAACUUGAAGGUGCUAUCAUUAUCUUUUAACAACCUUUCUCAUGUGCCACCCAAACUGCCAAACUCCUUGAGAGAGCUUUAUCUUAGCAACACCAAGAUCAAAAACAUCACCCAAGAAGACUUCAAGGAAUUGAGAAAUUUGACAGUACUGGAUCUAAGCGGGAACUGUCCAAGGUGCUUCAAUGCACCAUUUCCCUGUACACCUUGUGAAAGAGACUCUUCGAUUCAGAUACAUCCUCUUGCUUUUCAAGACCUGACCGAACUUCGCUACCUAAACCUCUCUAGCACUUCCCUCAGGAAGGUUCCUGCAAUCUGGUUUGACAAUAUGCACCAUCUGAAGGUGCUGCAUCUUGAAUUCAAUUAUUUAGUGCAGGAAAUAGCGUCUGGGGAAUUUUUAACGAAACUGCCCUCCUUAGAAAUACUUGACUUAUCUUUUAACUAUAUAGUGACGAAAUAUCCAAAAUAUAUUGAAAUUUCCCCGAACUUCUCUAAUCUUACGUCUCUCCAGAUAUUGCACUUAAGAGGUUAUGUGUUUCAGGAAGUUAGAAAAGAACAUUUCCGGCCCUUGAUGAGUCUCUCAAAUUUAAAGACUAUCAACUUGGGCGUUAACUUUAUUAAGCAAAUUGAUUUUACCUUUUUCCAACAUUUCCCCAAUCUGACAGUCAUUUACUUGUCAGAAAACAGAAUAUCGCCCUUGGUAAACGAUAGCCUGCAAAAUUAUACAAAUGGCUCCGCUUUCCAAAGUCAUAUCCUUAAGCGACGUUCAGCAGAUUUUGAGUUUAACCCACAUUCAAAUUUUUAUCAUAACACCAAUCCUUUAAUAAAGCCACAGUGUACAGCUUAUGGCAAAGCCUUAGAUUUAAGCUUGAAUAGUAUUUUCUUUAUUGGGCAAAAGCAGUUUAAAGCUUUUCAUGACAUUGCCUGCUUAAAUCUGUCUUCCAAUGGCAUUGGUCAACCGUUGCAUGGAACUGAAUUUUCAGCUGUACCGCAUAUCAAAUAUUUGGAUUUGACAAACAAUAGAAUAGACUUUGAUGAUGAUAAUGCUCUCAGAGAAUUGCCUGAGUUAGAAGUUCUAGAUUUCAGCUACAAUGCACACUAUUUCCGAAUAGCAGGGGUAACGCAUCGUCUAGGAUUUAUUCAAAAUUUAACACAGCUAAGAGUUUUGAACUUGAGCCACAACAGCAUUUACACUUUAACAGAGUACAAUAUGAAUAGUAUGUCUCUGGAAGAAUUAGUUUUCAGUGGAAACCGCCUUGACCUUUUGUGGAAUGCUGAAGACAGAAGGUACAGGAAAAUUUUUAAAUGUCUCAGGAAUCUGACACGGCUUGAUUUAUCCUUUAAUAACCUCCAGCAUAUCCCAGAUGAAGCAUUCCUUAACUUGCCCCAGAAUCUCACCGAACUGUAUAUAAAUGACAAUAGAUUACAUUUCUUUAACUGGACAUUACUCCAACAUUUUCCUCAUCUCCACUUGCUUGACCUAAGUAGAAACAAACUCUCCUCUUUAACUAAUAACCUAUCUAAAUUCUCACCUUCUCUUCGGACACUGCUACUGAGUCAAAACAAGAUUUCCCACCUGCCUUCUGGCUUCUUCUCCGAAGCUAGCGGUCUGAUACACCUCGAUUUACGUUUCAACAGGCUAAAGAUGAUCAACAAAACCACGCUUCAAACUAAGACCACCAUCAAUUUAGCCGUUUUGGAACUUGGUGGAAACCCUUUUGACUGUACCUGUGACAUUGGAGAUUUUCGGAGAUGGAUGGAUGAAAAUCUGAAUAUCGCAAUUCCUAGAUUGGCAGAUGUCAUCUGUGCCAGUCCUGGGGAUCAAAGGGGGAAGAGUAUUGUGAGUUUAGAGCUAACGACGUGUGUUUCAGAUGCCAUUGCCGCAAUAUUAUGCUUCUUCACGUUCUUCAUCACUGUCACAGUUAUGUUGGCUGCCCUAGCUCACCAUUGGUUUUACUGGGAUGUUUGGUUUAUCUAUCACAUGUGUUUAGCUAAGAUAAAAGGCUACAGGUCUCUUUCCACAUCCCAAACUUUCUACGAUGCUUACGUUUCUUAUGACACCAAAGACGCCUCUGUUACGGACUGGGUGAUAAAUGAGCUGCGCUUCCACCUAGAAGAGAGUGAAGAAAAAAACGUGCUCCUCUGUUUAGAGGAGAGGGAUUGGGACCCGGGAUUAGCCAUCAUCGAUAACCUCAUGCAGAGCAUAAACCAAAGCAAGAAGACAAUAUUUGUUUUAACCAAAAAAUAUGCAAAGAACUGGAACUUUAAAACAGCAUUCUACUUGGCCUUGCAGAGGCUAAUGGAUGAGAAUAUGGAUGUGAUUGUAUUUAUUCUGCUGGAGCCAGUGUUACAGCAUUCCCAGUAUUUGCGGCUGCGGCAGAGGAUCUGCAAGAGCUCCAUCCUCCAGUGGCCUGACAACCCCAAGGCAGAGGGCUUGUUUUGGCAAAGUCUGAAAAAUGUGGUCUUAACUGAAAAUAAUUCACGGUAUAACAAUUUGUAUGUUGAUUCCAUUAAGCAAUACUAACUGAUGUUAAGUCAUGGUUCACCAACAUAAAAAUGCAAAGCAAUUAAAUUACCCUUCUGUCUUAGUUAUCUAUUGCUGUGUAACAAGUUACCCCAAAACUUAGCUGCUUAAAACAACACAAUUUGUGAUCUCACAGUCUCUGUGAGUCAGGAGUCCAGGCAUGGCUGAGCUGGGUCCUCUGCUCAGGGUCUCUGAAAGGCUGUGAUCAAGGUGCCAGCCACAGGCAUCUCCUGGGGUUAGGAUCUAUUUCCCAGCUCACACUCAUGUGGUUGUUUUCAGGAGUCUGUUCCUCCUGGGCUGUUGGCCAAAGGCUGCCCUCAGUUCCCAGCCACAUGGAUCUCUCCCACAUGGCAGCUUGCUUCGUCAAAGCCAGCAAGAGAAAGAGGUUGCUAGCAAGACGGAAGUCAUCAUCUUUUGUAAUCUAAUCAGGGAACUGAUAUCCCAUCGCUUUGGCCAUAUUCUAUUUAUUAGAAGUAAAUCACAGGUUCCUAUAGCUCCAUGGGAGUGACCACCUCAGUCCAGGGAAACUAGUCUAUGACGAGUUGGGUAGUUGUCAUGGCCUCAGUUGGCUUGCCAUCUGUGUCACAGAUUGUGAAUACCAGGAGGCAGGGAUCGUUGGGGACCAUCUUAGCACUUGGCCUACUACACCUUCUUUUCAAUCUCUAAGAACUUUUGCAACUGUAAGUGAUAGCUCUGAUGUUGAGUUCUGUUUAGACUUACCAUGUAACCGUGGCUACAUGGUUAUAAUAGGCUGUGGUUGCAUUAAUCUUUCUUUUACAAUUACUUUUAUACAUAUGGGCUGUAACAUUUGACUUCUACAGUUUAGAUGCCAUUUAAAGGCUAAGAUGGAUAGUUUUUUUAAGCUUUUUUUUUUACUUCUUAACCAUUCUUUAAAAGUAUGCAGCUAAAUUAGGAGCACUUGGAGUAUCUGUCAAUUACCAUUGCUGUAAAUCUUGAAAAUGCUUCAUUUCACAUGACGAACAUACGAUACAUAUACAGUAGGGAAAUAGAUCUAUAAUAUAAAAGAAAUUGCCAUCAACACUGGGUUUUUUGAGAAUACUUUAAAAAAAAACCUUUGGUAGAAACCAAAGGGGAAACAGUUUUCAUGAGGUUUGUACAUUAAGAUAAUUAUUAAUAGAGAAAUUAAUUCUAUCUUUACUACCUACUCAGAAGACAUAAAGUCAGAAUGCCUACCUGCUGGUACCCUUUAUGCGAUUCUCCCAGAUGAAACAGCUCUGGGACUCCCUACCACAUCUAUCAUCCCCUUGGUUCCUCUGCAUCAGUCCGUAGCAUCCUUUCUCCAGUAUAGGUAUGACUCUUGAAGAGGUGCCUUAUGAAAUUAACCUAGAAUAACGGGAGAUAAUCCAAGCCUAAGAAAGUAAAGUCCCUUCAGAAUGAAAGGAAGAAAACUCUCCAAUGCACCAUCCUUCCUUAAGUACAGCUUCUUUGGUAAUCUUGCAGGUUGAGUUAUCCUUAAACACGUGUUUCUAAGGAACUGAACAAAAUGGUGUGUCAUUGUGUUAUUUGAUAUGGACAAAGUGGAAGCAGCACAAGUGUGCUAAGGAGAAUUGUGGGUUUGUCGCAUUGAACCUUGUUUUGUGACCAUGACUUUUAGAGGAAGAUGCUUGUGUUCAGUGAGGCAUAGGGACAGAUAUCUAAAAGCAGGAUCAUUCCAGGAAGGGAGACCCUGGAAAGGACGGUGUGGGGCAGUUACGGCUUAGCCCUGUUGAUGCCACAUCAAUUUGUUGUCUAGUAGAAGUUCAUUCCUACGUUCCUUGACUUUUUUAAUAAAAUAAAGCUGUUACAAUUUUCAGUAGCAUUAGUAAUUACAGAUCUAUGUUAAGCUCGCACACUUUGGCAGUUCUGUCGACAGAAUCAAAAGUCACAGUUUCACUCUCUCACUAGCAAAUAUCUUCAUAAAGUAAAGAUAGUGAAAGUAGUUGUUAAUAAAAACAUUUGCUUCUGAAACUCCCUUGUUCUUCAUUUGAGAUAUUGGUAUGGGAAAAUCAGACCUAUAAUUUGUUAAAGAGGAAGUCAGUAUUGUUCUGUUUUCUACUAUUUUUAAAUGAAUAUAUGCUAAUACUUGCAUAUAGGUUUUUAAAAACUCAAUUACAGAAGGAUGUACAGUGAGAUUUAAAUCUCCCUCCCAACACAACUUCGCUUGCUAGGGACAAUCACUAUUAAAGGUUCUUGUGUGUUCUUUUGUAUUGUAAGUGUAAAGUCUCAGCUGCUGUAACAAAGAGACCCAGCAAUACAGAAGUUUAUUCCUCCA